CAGAUUGUUAAACAAAACACGAAAAAGACCUUUCAUCAGUAUACUCAGAGUUUCUUAUUUUCUGGGAUCCAAUUUUCGCAAUAAUAAUAACUUAAUCAAUCCAACUGAGAAGUAAGAAUGACUGAAAAGGAAUCAUCAGCUAUCACAGAAGCGGAAGCAGCCUUGUACGAUCGGCAGAUUCGUUUGUGGGGGUUGGAAGCACAAAAAAGGCUUCGAGCAACACGAUUCUUGUUGACAGGACUAAGUGGACUUGGAGCUGAGGUGUGCAAGAAUGUUGUCCUCGCUGGAGUUAAAUCCAUUGUGUUACUGGACCACCAGAGUGUCAGUGAACUUGAUGCAUGUUCCCAGUUCUUAGUUUCCAGAGAUGACAUUGGGAAGAAUCGAGCUUUGGCUUCGGUAACCAACACACAAGAGCUGAACCCCAAUGUCUGUGUGACGGCUGAAGACGCUGAUAUUGCUGAUAAAACCGAGGAGUACUUCCAACAAUUUGACGUGGUGUGUCUGACAUGCUGCACGUAUAAGACACUGGAAAGGGUCAAUAAGAUUUGCCAUGAUCUCGGUAUUAAAUUCUUCGCUGGGGACACAUUCGGUUUCUACGGAUUUAUGUUCACCGAUCUCAAUGAGCAUGAGUUUGUUGAAGAGAAGAUUGUCUUCAAGAAGAAACCGCCCAGUGCAGACGGUGAACCACAGCCUAAAAAGCAAGCAUUCGACAAAGAGACUAGUUACCUCAAGAGGACCAUUAAUUUCUGUCGGCUCGGGGAUGUUCUCAGGAAAGACUGGAGGUUGUUAACAAGGAAACAGUUUAAGAGUACACCUAAGGUGUAUUUCAUCUUACGAGCACUCUGGAAAUUUCAAGAGGAGUUUGGGCGAAAUCCCAGUCCAGGGAACUUAGAAAAUGACAAGUCAGAGUUGCUAAAACUGAGAGAUGAGGUCGUUGACGAACUCGGUCUGAAAACAGAUUACAUUGUGAUCAAUGAUGACUUUGCAAGUCACUGUGCGGCUGAGAUCAGUCCUGUGUGUGCCAUCGUUGGUGGUGUAGUGGCCCAAGAAAUCAUCAAGGCUGCAUCAUGUCGUGACAUUCCACAUAAUAACUUCUUCUUCUUCGAUGGUUUAGACAGCACAGGAAUGGUGAUGUGCAUUGAUGACAGUAGUGAAUGAAUGUAGUCUUCAUAGCUUCAGAUGAAGACAUCAUUGGGGGGGGGGUUCGUUGUUGGUUUAACACCCAGUACAUGUUCUCAAGUUUACAUAUUGCGCAACAUUGCAGAAAUGUGUUUGCAGAACCAUUGUAUCUUGCAGAGUAAUGCUUUGUGCAUAAACACUGUUUCUCAGUACGCACUAGUUUUAUGUGUACAUCCAGGGUAUUUUAACAAGAUUUGACGUUUUGAUAAUUUCAAACAUGUGCCUAACCUAAGGGCUAGUUUAGGGGAUUUUAUACCUUUUUGCGUUGAGCAUACAGACCGCAGUGUCAAGCAGUACCAACCGGCUCUUCUCAGAGCCACCAUUACUCAUCCAAAGAGAUAUUUUCAUGGUGUCACUGCUAACCUUACUUUUAAACAAUGUUCUUUUGACCGUUUUGAACAUGACGUCAUCAUUUGAAUACCUGCCCUGCAACAUGGCGUCUACAAGCGUGUGCAUGCAUACCGCCCUGCCCUGCAACAUGGCGUCUACAAGCGUGUGCAUGCAUACCACCCUGCCCUACAAGAUGGCCACUUUCAUAGCAACAAAUGGGUUAUACGAUACGGUCUAUUGGUCCAUUAUAAGUGGCAUUUACACUGUAUGCGACACAGAUUAUCUUUUUAUCUCAGUAAAACCAUUGAUGUAGAAAUACAAGGACUCGCAUCAAAAGACCACAAACAUUUUGGAGAAUACAGUACAAAUCCAAUUGAACCAUCAGCUGAUUCUUAUCAUUGAACAUGAAAGAUCCUUUGUGCAUAGACUCAAAACCACAGUAGAUCAUAUUGAAUUGUCAGACAGUAGGAGGGUUAAUAAUUAGAAAGUUUAUUUGUCAUCAAAAAUCUUGGGAAUUGGAUAUCUUGCCCAUCCCCCUUCCUAUCUUCCACAGCAAUGCUCACAUUUUUGUGGCACCGAGUAUGAAUUGGCAGUUUUGGAUGCGGCUGCAACUGUAUCACAACAUCCUCAUGCGUUGAAGUAUAGGGCACCCUUAGCAACAGCCGUAGCUGCCAAUUUGGCUACGACCAAAGUUUCAAAUAUUUGAACCUGGUAUAAAAACUAUUAUAUAACACCCAAGCAGAUCCUUGCCAUUUGGUUGGAGAAUUGUCCGUCACGUGGUAGCAAAUAAAAGUACUAUUGACGCUACGUCACUCACCGUGCAUUUUUCGUUCCAUCCGAAAAGUACUGUUGCA